GACCCAGCGCCAGGGCCAGAGCGCCCGGGCGAGCUGGCGGGCUCUGGGCGGCUCCGAAAGCUCACAGUCCGAAAGUUUCUCUGCCUUUCUGCGGCUCCUGGGAGUGUGACUUGAGCGACGCGGGAUCUGUCGGCUCCAGUAGUUCUCCAGAAAAAGAGAAAAGGGCACUGCACAAAAUACACCGAAAAAUCAAAAUCUGCAGCCAUUUGCAGCUAUCCCCGAGACGGAGGAGGACAGACAGGUCCAUGACUCUCCCAGGCUCUGAGAAGCUCUUGCUCUGACCACAGUCCCCUCCCUGGCUGGGCCAGGACUACGUUUUGCUGCUUCAGUCUCUCCAGGCCCCUCCAGCACCCUGCAGGCCUUGGUUUCUUGCCACCAUGGGCAGUGUGAGCAGCCUCAUCUCAGGCCACAGUUUCCACAGCAAGCACUGCCGUGCCUCACAGUACAAGCUGCGCAAAUCCUCCCACCUCAAGAAGCUCAAUCGCUACUCAGAUGGCCUGCUGAGGUUCGGCUUCUCCCAGGACUCAGGGCGUGGCAAGUCCAGCUCCAAAAUGGGCAAAAGUGAAGACUUCUUCUACAUCAAAGUCAGCCAGAAGGCCCGAGGCUCCCAUCGUCCAGACUACACAGCCCUGUCCAGUGGGGACAUGGGGGGCCAGACUGGAGUAGAUUUCGAUCCAGCCACCCCACCAAAGCUCAUGCCCUUCUCCAAUCAACUAGAAAUGAGUUCAGACAAGGGGGCGGUGAGGCCCACCGCCUUCAAGCCCGUGCUGCCUCGGUCGGGAGCUAUACUUCACUCUUCACCGGAGAGUACCAGCCACCAGCUUCAUCCCAUGCCUCCAGAUAAGCCCAAGGAGCAGGAGCUGAAGCCAGGCCUGUGCUCCGGGGCACUGUCUGACUCAGGCCGGAACUCCAUGUCCAGCCUGCCCACGCACAGCACCACCAGCAGCUACCAGCUGGAUCCUCUGGUCACCCCUGUGGGGCCUACCAGCCGUUUCGGGGGCUCAGCUCACAACAUCACACAAGGCAUCAUCCUCCAGGACAGUAAUAUGAUGAGCCUGAAGGCCCUGUCAUUCUCUGACGGGGGCAGCAAGCUGGCUCACCCAGGCAAGGUAGAGAAGGGCUCCUCCUGUGUGCGGUCCCCACUCUCCACGGACGAGUGCACCAUCCAGGAGCUGGAGCAGAAGCUGCUGCGGAGGGAGACCGCACUACAGAAGCUACAGCGCAGUUUCGAUGAGAAGGAGUUUGCCUCUGGCCAGACCUUCGAGGAGCGGCCGCGGCGGACUAGAGACGAACUGGAGUGCCUGGAACCCAAGGGCAAGCUGAAACCAGCCUCUCAGAAGAGCCAGCGCACGCAGCAGGUGCUCCAGCUGCAGGUGCUGCAGUUGCAGCAGGAGAAACGGCAGCUAAGGCAGGAGCUCGAGAGCCUGAUGAAGGAGCAGGACCUGCUGGAGACCAAGCUGAGGUCCUACGAGCGGGAGAAAACCAACUUCGCCCCUGCACUGGAGGAGACCCAGUGGGAGGUGUGCCAGAAGUCAGGGGAGAUCUCUCUUCUGAAGCAACAGCUCAAAGAGUCCCAAAUGGAGGUGAACACUAAGGCCAGCGAGAUCCUCAGUCUGAAGGCGCAGCUGAAGGACACCCGGGGCAAGCUGGAUGGAAUGGAGCUGAAGACACAGGACUUGGAGAGUGCCCUGCGCACCAAGGGGCUGGAGCUGGAGGUCUGUGAGAACGAACUGCAGCGCAAGAAGAAUGAGGCGGAGCUGCUGAGAGAGAAGGUGAACCUUCUAGAGCAGGAGCUGCUGGAGCUGAGGGCCCAGGCUGCCCUGCAUCCGGCACCCCUGGGCCCUCCAGGGGUGGGGCUCACUUUCUCAGAGGACAUCCCUGCUCUGCAGCGCGAGCUGGACCGGCUGCGGGCUGAGCUGAAGGAGGAGAGGCAAGGCCACGACCAGAUGUCCUCAGGAUUCCAGCACGAGCGCUUGGUGUGGAAAGAAGAGAAGGAGAAAGUGAUCCAGUACCAAAAGCAGCUGCAGCAGAGCUACUUGGCCAUGUACCAGCGCAACCAGCGCCUGGAGAAGGCCCUGCAGCAGCUGGCCCGUGCGGAUGUGGCAGGGGAGCCCUUUGAAAUUGACCUGGAGGGAGCUGACAUCCCCUAUGAGGAUAUCAUAGCCACUGAGAUCUGAGAGGCUGCCUAGGGAUGGGGGGCUGGGGACCCCAGAAAGCAGGGAGGGCUGAGCUUGUUCAAAGAGACAUUUUGAGCCCCUCUGAGAGAAGCCACCUCUGGUAGAGGUCCCCACACAGCCUUUCCUCCCUUCCUGCCUUUUUCAGCCUAACUAACCCUGCUGCUUCUAAGACCUUGAUCUGCGAGCCCCAAGCUCUCCUAGAGAGGAGCUUUAUGUGCUGGUUGAGGUGUCUCUCAACUUUGGUCUCAUUCAAAGUCGUGAGAGAGACACUCCAUCAGGAAAGGGGGCAACUGACAUGCAGGCCAAGUGGCCACCCAAGGACAGAAACAUUUUCCCUGUCAUCCCUAACCCCCGUGAUCCCCUGGGCGUGUUGGGAUGCCUUUGGGAAUAGAAAGAAGCCAUUGUGUAACCAGAGGCCUUGGGCCCUGUCUUCUCUGCAGCCUGUUCUUCUGUCUGUGGAGGUGGAGGGGUUGUGUUGCCACCUUGUUGAGCCAGAACACCACGGGAGGAAGAGGCGGGCGGGCAGCCUGGCCUUCCUGGGUCUCGAGAGGUCUGGGUAGGAUGUAAAGGGAAAGAACCAAAGCAGAAAAGGAGUCGAGUCUAAAAUGAGCUGCAUGGCCCCUUUGAUCCCAGUGGUCACUCUUUUCAAAGCCAUAGGCACUGGGGCCCCAGGUGGGGCACAGGGAAAUGGCGUGAGCUGUAGAUUCCCGGCUGUGCCAGGGAUCCUCCUCAGCAGCCAGCACCAGGCUUGCGCUCUCGGAUCCAGAAGAGUCCAUCCACUUAGAGAGUGUACUGGGAGCUGCUCAUCCGCCUCCCUUGUCUGAAGCCCAAGUCAGCAGUAAUCUCUUCCCCUUACAGUCUCCACAGAUUGGGAAGGUCCCUAGAGUGCAGUAGGCCGCAGUCCAGGUGGGAGAGAUACAGCGUGCAGACAAAGAGCCUUAUAAAUAUCUCCAGCCACCCGCUCUCCUCCCUCCAUGUGGCAGCACCCCAUGUUGUAAGAAUUUCGUCUAGAAAGCAGCAUGUGAGCCUGUGGGAGCCUGGCCUUGCCUUUUGAAGAUAUCCAGAUCUAAGAGCAGAGGGAAGUGCAGUUGCUUAGUUGAAGGAAUUGUCUUCUCUCGCCUUCCCCCUUCCAUUCUGUGUUUUCCAAAGCAAGCCAGAUCAAGCAGGCAGCCGAGCUGCUCCAUAUUCUAUUUUUGGCCCUUACCACAGCUGUUGUUGGUAGGGCACCCAGCCCUUGCUGGAUUCCUGUGCCACGUGCUUGCCUGGUGGGCGGGACCCAGGAUGGAAGGGAGGGUCUGCGUGCUCGGCAGUCCAGGAAGCCACCAGUGUUCUACCUCCCUAAGGCUGGUCCUUAAGAGUCUCUGGGUCCCCAGGCCUAGUGACCUUGUCUUCCCAUGGGCUUUCUUCCCUUCCGAGUGUCUGCUGGCUAGGUGUCUCCCCUGGAGGUGGCCCUGCUUUCUGUUCCGGGGGUUAGGUUGGCCCUCUCCUACUACUGACGUUCAAUGGCACACGAUUCUCUGGUCUACCAUUGCCCGUAAUCACAUGCUCACUUAAACCUGGGAUCUACAGGCCAAAGAUGAGUCCCCCAACUUGCAGGGUCAUAGCCUCCACUGAGGAGGUCACAGCCCAGUUUAAAAAGUCCAUGGCCCUCAGUUCUUCGUUGUGUACCAGUCUGUGCCUUGUUUGAGUCUUUCCAAUUGAGACUGUCCAACAGAGGGAAAGAAAGAUGGAGGUUAGCUGCCGCUCCCUAGAUUGAAGGACCCCUUCCUCUGGAAGAACAGCCAGAAGUUCAUUGCUAUGCCAUGGAGUCCUUGCCCAGGAAGAAGCAAAUAGCAGACCUGGGGCAGGCCUGUGCUCUGUAUCUGUGCAGGGUGCCUUCUAUUCACAGGACGUUCUGCCCACGUCACUGCCCAGUAGCCCUGCCCUGGUCAUCUUUGAGACCUCUGCCUGGGAACUGUUCAACUUUUAAGAUGGCAGAUACCUUCCCGAGACUGCUAUCAGCCUGAGACCCCCAGGUAGCUCCAAGAUGCAGCUGUGCUAUAACCUAACGCCUUGCCUUCCUUCCUAUGUGCUUUCUUCUUUCCUUGUCUGUCCUCAAGCAUCCUCACUAUUUGUGGUCCACGCCCAUGCUGGAUGGCGAGACAGAACAGUGACUGAACAGGUGUCGGGUGCAGGGGCAGACAAUAGCCCGCCCUGCUGUUUCUUGGGUCCAUACUGCUUCCCAGAGGUGUCUGGUUCCGGAGUGUUGCUGCUGUCGGAGGGAAGAACAGCAGCUAGCAUCACCUCACAAGGUGUCCCGACUCCCACGGGGUACCUCCUUGCUUGAUUUUGUCCUCCCCAGUUACACUUGAGCUUCACCAUGGUAACUGUUGGGCAGGCCUGGCAUCACUCCGCUCAUCAUCUCGUCUCUGGCUUGGGCUGUGUCUCAGGUAAGAGAGAUGUCCAAGGGAAGGCCAGGCUGGACCAGAGGUUUCCCUAGGACCCGAGAUCUCCUCAGAUGCCACAUAACAGGCCACAGAGCCUCUCGGCGGAGACCGCUUUCCCUUGGCAGAGGCUGGCUUCGGAAGACUAAGUACGCAGUUAUUUUUCUCUUCUUUGUUUCUGGUUUGCUUUGCUCUUGAUGACUUCAUUGUGCUUUAUUUUUGAAGUUUUUUGUUGGCUCUGUAAACUAUUUCUGCUAAUUUUAUGUUUUUAUUUAUGAAUAAAGAAUGCCA